ACCAUAUGUUUGGCAACAUCGCAUAUAGUGACGUUGGUGACAACAUAACUUGAAAGGGUUUCCACUGUUUCCAGUUUCCAUUACGAGGCCAAAGUCAAACGUAAACAAAACAAAAUUGUUAAGUCUAAAACAUAACAUUUUAUCACUAAUUAGAUGUGACAUAUUGUAAAUAUUUUAAAAUGGGAGAAUUAGAUGUAGAGUGGCCAUGGCAGUACAGUUUUCCACCUUUUUUCACUUUACAACCCCACCCAGAGACAAGAGCCAAACAGGUAGCUGCUUGGAAAACUCUUAUUUUAAGUUACUGCCAAAAGACGAAGACGUACCUUCUAGAUGUAAGAGAGGCUGAACAGAUGCCUCUAUUCAACAACUCUGCUAUCAAUAGAAAAUUGGAACCAAAAGUUGUAACUUCUAUUCUGAGUGAGCUUCAGAAAAGUGGAAAUGCUGCCUCUAUUGAUAAGGCAAAGUAUCGCUGGGAAGUAUAUUGGCAUACCCUUGAAGAGUGGGCGUCUAUGAUUUAUGAUUAUAUUAAUAAUAAAGGUGUAUGCAAAAUACAGUAGUUACUUUAUAUGAGCUAUCACAAGGUGAAGAUGUUCAAGAUGAAGAAUUUUGUGGUAUACAACAGGAUGUCUUGAUAAAAGUACUGGGAAUUUUAGAGAAUGAAAGGAAAUGCGAAUUAAUCUUGGAUGAUGAGAUCCAGGGUGUUAAAUUUUUCUAAUCACUGUUGCCUAUUUUAAUGCUAACUGUAUUAUUUAUUUGUAAAAAUGUACAAUAAAGUUAUGAGCUUUUUACACCUA